CGAAGAAAUUGUAGCUUGUCUGUUUGGGGCGGGGCCAUUUAGAUUGUCAUACUGGUGCUCCCCAAACUCUGAGAUGGAGGGAAGAGUAUCAAAUGUAGAAAUCUGUAACUUAGCUUAUACUGGAAAGUUUGAAGAACUUAAAAAAUGCGUGUUGUCUGACAGCUCACUAGCGACCAAAACAGACCAGGACAGCAGGUCUGCUCUGCACUGGGCUUGUUCAGCUGGACAUGUGGCUAUCGUGCAGUUUCUGUUGGAUCUUGGAGUCGAAGUGGAUCUCAAAGAUGAUGCAUGUUGGACUCCUCUUCAUAUAGCAGCAUCUGCUGGGAGAGAAGAAAUUGUGAGAUCCUUAAUAUCCAAAGGAGCUCAGUUGAACGCUGUGAACCAGAAUGGUUGCACACCACUGCACUACGCAGCAUCGAAAAACCUAUAUGAGAUAGCCCAGAUUUUGCUGGAAAAUGGUGCAGAUCCUAAUGCAAUGGAUAAACUGGAAUCCACACCUCUACACAGAGCAUCUGCCAAGGGCAACUACAGACUCAUUCAGCUUCUUUUAAAAGAGAGUGCUUCUACCAACAUUCAGGACUCGGAAGGAAACACACCACUUCAUCUUGCAUGUGACGAGGAGCGAACAGAGGCUGCAAAACUCCUUGUGGAACAUGGUGCCAGCAUCUACAUUGAGAACAAGGAAAAGAUGACGCCUCUACAAGUGGCUAAAGGUGGCUUGGGAUCAAUGUUGAAACGGAUCGUAGAGGGUUGAAACAGAAGCUUUUAAUUAAGCUGCUGUUCAAGUAUGAUGAAUGCCUGUUUGUGAGAGUAUUUGAAAGAAAUACGUUUUUAAAGAUGAGGAGAUUGAUGAUGUGGUCAACGUUCACGUUUUGACAGUUUAAAAGCUCAUGACUUGAUAUGUUGGUCACUUUUCUUGCAUUUUAUUGAGUACUUGAGUUUUAGACUUGCAUAUAACAUUCUGAUUAUUCUUUGUCUACUUCAGCUAUGGAUGCUUUAUUUCAGUUAAACCUAAAGCUUAUUUUGAUAUUAGUUAGUCACUUAAAAUUUAAUUUCUAGUCUUGUAUCCCUGCGUGAAAAUCACAAUACCAUAGUCUAUUCUUCCAUCUUGAUGCUUGUUUUUUGAUAAUGAAAAUAAAUUGUAAUUGAAUAUAAUGUACUGUUAUAUCUAGUCA